AAUUCUGCAUGCAGUGAUUUUGGAAUUUUGAACAGGUGUGGCCGACACCCGUCAAGAAGAAGUUCAACUUUGCUGAUGAUUUUAACAUGAAUAUAAAUUGAUCAUAAAGAUUGCCCAUAGAUAUUAGAUGGCCGCCAGAAGGUAGUCUUCGCCUAAUGUCAAAGCAAGUCGUACACAGACGGCUCGUGAUGGUGUACCUCAAGUGAUGUUCGUGCAGGCUCCACUCUACUUCACUACCGCUACACUACGCUCCACCUACCCGAACAUCAAGCCCCAAAACUCGCUCUGAUACUCCGAGUGGCAAAGCCAAAGGUUGGAAAAAAUGCAUAUUUAUUGUAAAAAUCCUACAUCUAAACCACUCUGGCACUCACGCUAGUGCGAGGUAAGCUCCUCACUUGUAUAAGGAUUCCAGCAAUGGCUGUCAAGUUGGUCUUGCUGGCCUUCCUCUGCAUAACAACUGUCACCUGUUUGACCAGCAGCGAUGAAGAAGGGUUGUAUGUCAACGAGUGGGCGGUCAAGGUGGCUGGAGGAGAGAGAGUGGCUCGAGAAGUCGCUGCUGACUAUGGCUUCACAUUUGACGGCCAGGUUGGCACUCUGAAGGAUACAUAUGCAUUCUUGAAGAAAAAGAUGAGCAAAAGGUCCAGGAGGGCUGCUGAAAAUUAUAAUAAAUUAUUAUCACAAGAUUCAAGGGUUACUUGGGUUGAACAGCAGAGGAUUAUAGCUCAUGCGAAGAAGAGAGCCGAUGAUGUCGUGCCUCCAGACCAGACAGGGGCUAACUGGGCUAUCCCAUUCAACGAUCCUCUCUUUAAGAAACAGUGGUAUCUGUACAAUGAUGGCCAGGAGGGUGCUACACCAGGAAUGGACAUGAAUCUCAUGCCUGCAUGGAAGCUUGGUUACACAGGAAAGGGCGUGGUCGUCACUAUUGUUGAUGAUGGAAUGGACCAACAUCAUCCUGAUCUGAAAGAUAACUUUGACAUGUAUGCAAGCUUUGAUUUCAACAACGUAAGCAAUGAGCACAGCCCCACCCCUGAUUAUAACAAGCCUGCUAGACUAGUACGUCACGGUACAAGAUGUGCUGGAGAGGUAGCUGCCGCAGCCAAUAACAGCAUCUGCGGAGUGGGCGUGGCCUAUGAAGCUAGCAUCGGAGGUAUUAGAAUCCUGGACGGUGGUGCCACUGAUCGUUUGACAUCCCAGGCCCUCCAGUUCAACAACAGCCACAUUGACAUCUAUAGCUGUUGCUGGGGACCCGUUGACGAUGGUAUCAGGUUUGAGAUGCCACACACCUUGACGAAGGAAGCGUUCGAGCACGGAGCGAAAACAGGUCGCAACGGGAAGGGGUCCAUCUUCGUCUGGGCGGCUGGCAACGGUGGCAAUGACAACGACCACUGCGGGGCAGACGGCUACGUUGGUGACAUCCAUACCAUCGCCAUCAGCGCCAUCAAUGACCAUGGUCGACCAAGCUACUUUGUGGAGUCCUGUCCGGCCAUCAUGGCCGUGACACUCUCUGGAGGCCCUGCAACCGUUGGUGACCUGAGGAACGGCAACUUCAGGUGGAACCUUGUGACUACCACAGACCUGUAUGGAAACUGCACCACUGCUUUUGUUGGAACAUCCAGUGCAGCGCCUCUUGCCUCGGGAAUGUUUGCUGUAGUGCUGCAGGCAAAUCCUCAACUGACAUGGAGAGAUUUACAGUACCUUAUCACAGAAGGCAGUAAGAUUCCCCAGCCUUACAACGACGGCUGGAUCAUCAACGGAGCCGGACUCCACGUGCAUCAUGAUUUAGGUUUCGGAGUCCUGGACGCAGGCAAGAUGGUGGAACUAGCCCUCACCUGGGAUCUCGUUGGCCCGCAGGAAACAUGCGAGGUGGAUGCGGUCUUCCCAGACCUAUCUCUCCGCCAGGGCGAUACCAAGAACGUCAUCGUCUCCGUGAACUGCCCCAGCGUCCGCAGCAUGGAGCACGUCAAGUCGUACAUCAGCCUCCAGGCCUACCGUCGGGGCGACAUCAGCCUGGUUCUCUACUCUCCGUUCGGUACACCGUCUCGGCUCAUCGACACCCGGAUCCACGAUAGCCACACCGAGGGCCUGACUGACUGGCCUUUCAUGACCGUUCAUAACUGGGGUGAAGACCCGAACGGAGACUGGACCCUGGAAUUCAGAUACAACCCGACCCCUGAGAAUGCAGAUCAGCCCGAAGACGAGGAGCUCGAGCUGUAUCCUCGGGUUGAAGUCCACAGUGCUACUCUGAGCAUGUGGGGAAUGACCAUAUAUGGAGUCAGCGAGCCACGUGAGCGUGCGGAUGUUGACGAGGCCAAAGAGGCUACGACCACGGUGGGUAAAGAGGGGGAAGGUGAGGAGGAGGAAGAAGACAAGAAUCCUGCUGUCAACCCCGAUGAUGCGGGUAAGAGUGAUUGGAACACCAUCAGGAAAAUCUACAACCAAGAACAACUGGAUAGCGAAGAGAUCAACCUAGACCUUGAGGAUAUUGCUAAUGGAGUACCACUGCCACCUAACCGAGCCCACAACAUCAACAAGAUCACAGGAGGGAUAGGUACAGAGUACUUUGAUGGGAACCUCCUCAGCAAUCAGGGUCUCGUCAAGCUAGCCAUGUUUGCCAGAAGACUGGAUGCCAAUGACCCGAUCCUCAGGUACCUGAACUCCCUGGAUGACGAGUCCCUGAUGAUGCUAGGUCGGGACUUUGAUCUGGACGACGUGAUGGAGGACACGGUGAUGGAAGGUAGAGAGGUGGAUGUAGGUUUGGAGGAAGACGUCAAAGUGCAAGCGAUGGCUGGUGGUGAGGCAAGAGGGAUCAGUUUGGAAGAAGCAGGAGCAAAGAGAGAAGGGCUUGACGAAGUGGCCUUUGACAGACGAAGCAAUGAGUUGACCAACACUGAUAUCCUUCACAUAUUACGUUCGCUGGAUGUGGACACAUUGCGGCUAUUGGUCGAGUUGGUUGAGGAAAUGGACACAUCGAAGAAGAUAGCAAUGACCGGGUCCCUCCAUCAUCAAGACAAGUAUGCCGAAAAGACAAACCAGGACGUGUUUGUCCAAUACCAGAAGAAGACAGACGAUGCACUGUUAGGGGAUAGAGAGCUGGGUAACAUAGAAGAGAAAGAAGAAGAGGAAGAAGAAGAGGAGGAGGAGGAAGAGGAGGAAGAAAAGGAUUUAGUUGAUGAAGUUAUUCAAUUUCAGAAGAGACUUGAUGCGGACUUGCUUGGGAGGAGCUCGAGCAAUACAGCAAGUGACAUGGAGAAGAAAGAAGAAGAGGAAGAAAUAGAAGAGAAAAGGGAUGAUGAAUUAAUUCAGUUCCAAAAGAGAACUGAAGAUGAUUUAUUGGGAAGUGGACUGAGAAAUGAUUUCAAAAGGAAGAAAGAAAACGGCCCUAGUGAGAAGGAGGCAGACAUCCUUCGAGAACAGUCAAAAGCAACUAAUUUACUUGAAGAUGAUAGACUUGAUGAAUUACUAAGGGAUCUGCAGGAUCUAUUAGAGGAUGAUUGAUGUUUAAUUUAGUAUUUAUUUAAAUAUAGGGUUGAAUCGUUACAUGUAUAUGUAUAUCAGAUUAUCAGAAUUAUAAAGAACAUAUUUAUUUUUAGAUCACAUUCUUUAUUUUCCAUGCGUGAAUGUGAUAAAAUAUUAUUAUUCUAGGUUGUUGUUUAUUUUAGCCAUGUUUUUUUUAAGAUUGAUAUGAAAUCUUGACAAAACUGAAGUCUGAUGAUUGGUUCAAUGAAGCGCUUCAUAAAUAUUUUUUUUCACAAAUUUUCUUGUAACAAAUCAAAUGUAAUAACAAUAAUAAUGGGCAUUUGUAUAGCGCCAUCUAUCUAGAAACAAUCUAUUAUGAUGCACAUUGUUAUUAUUAUUACCCCGGCCUUAGCUCGAGCUGCCUUUCAUUGCUCGUGCAUUCAAGGAAUUAAUCCUGCCGGGUACCCAUUCACCUCACCUGGGUCGAGUGCAGCACAGUUUGGAUGAAUUUCUUGCUGAAGGAAAACAUGCCAUGGCUAGGAAUUCGAACCCACGACCCUCUGUUUAAAAGGCGAGAGCCAGAACCACUAGACCAUGACGCGCCCAUGAAGCUUCAGUAUGUAUGAAGCUUCAGUAGCAUAUAGGAGUUUUUAGUAAGUAUCACCAGGAAAACGGCUCUGAUUGGUCUGUUACAUUCAGACCAGGUUUGGCUGGAGUGGGGAAUACUGGUGGUUAAUGCCGCCUCAAUAUUUUUGUGAGGAAAAUGGGAAAUAGUUGAAAAUGCAGGGAAAUGCUACAAAAUAUACUUCUUGAAUUUUUUCAGGUCAUCUUUCUUGUUUCUUAAGCAUAUCACCGGGUACAUCUUAAGUACCUCCAAGCAUAUAUACAAGUUUUCCAUCAUCUCCCAGGAGCAGGAAAUGACUUUAUUUUCGGGGAAAUUGCCAACCCAGAUUCAGACAUGGGUUUUAGAGAUACUGGAGGUUGUACUUGUUGUGCUCUAAAGUGACACACCAGUGAUAAAACGCAGACCUGCCAACCAGUACGUUUUUGGCGUAUUUAGUACGUUUUUGCAACCAAAAUAUGGCAGUACGUUUUUUCUUUAAAAAAUAUGUUUUUGUUGUAAAAAAAAAAAAAAAGUUUUUUUUUUUUUUUACAAAAUCUCCCUCACUCUAAUUCUCACCAUUUUCUCUCUCUCUCUCCCCAUCUCUCUCUCUCUCUCCCCCUAUCUUGAGGAUAAAAAAUUUGUGUCAACUCCCCCCUUCGUUAAAUAUCUUUCCAAAAAUAACGAUAAAACAACAAGGCUGAUGUGGUUAGAAUCUCGUCAAACCAUCCUCUGAAACGUCAUAAGCCGAUGUCAAAGUAAUUUGUAUUUGUUAUUUUACAUAAUUUACUUCAAUUAUAUGAAAUUAUAAAAACGACCUAGCGGCUGCAAUUCAAUUUAGCAUACAACAUCAAAAUUAUUAAUAAUGAACCAUCAAUGAUGAGGAUAAAUUAGUUCAGCUGCUCUUUUUAAUGGGAAGACACAUAGUUGAGGUUUCAAAAAAUAUAUCAGGGACAAACAUGCACUAUCAAUAGAAUCAGCAAAACAGAUGUCUUGUAGUAGAUUUUCAGUGUGACGGUACGAAGAGAAGAGCGUACUUCUGUAACUUCACAAAUCUUGGUCACAUUGCCAAUGGGAGGAUCUCCAUAGCAUUAGUGAUUUCAACAUUUAAAUGCUUAUAACUUUGUUAUAGUCUGUCCAACUGAUCUCAAACCUUUCAUUGAUCUUAGUCUUUGAUUUCUUGUCUCUGUUUUCAUACAAGCUAAUCUGUUCCAAGGGUUUAAAGGAGUAAAAUUGUAAAAGUAGCAGAAAAAAUAAUAUAAAAUGUUUCCAAAAGUUUGAUAAAAAUCAAUCAAAGAAUAAAAAAAGUUAUAAGAAAUUUAAUUAUUUGAAUUGUGACGUCAUAGGCAAGCAGCUUUUCUACAUAUGGUAUGGUAAAAAAUCAAUGAAAUGUCAUAUACUCAGUAAAUUGAAAAAAUUGAAAAUUUUUUAAAACAAUAGACAUAUCAUUUCACACCCGUUGCUAAAAAGAAAACAAAAAUAAGUCAUCACAAACUAUUAAGAAAUUGAAAUUCAUGCAUUCUAUAUUACAUAUUAUAUAGGGCAGCUGCUCGUUUAUCUGUUUAUGACAUCACAAAUCAAAAACACAAAUUUCUGAUAACCUAAUCGUUAAUGGAUUUUCUUCAAACCUUUACCAAUAUCUUUUAUUAUUCUGCUAUUUCUACAGCAAACUUUUCUUUAGGGUGAACUUCCCCUUUAAUUUUUUCUUUAAUUGUAACUCUAUUUUAUAUGAUUUUUCACAGACUCGCAGGGCUCUAGUAUUAUAAUUUCUUUUGAGGGAUCUUGAAAGUUGCUGUAUUAUUCCUUAUUUUGAUGGUUGCCAGUUUACACUGUGUAACUAAUUGAAAUAGCCCCCUCUGUUUUUGAUUUGUGUUUUGGCUUUACGUGAAAGUUAUUAUUCUUAUUUUGUCUCUUUGUGUAUUUUAGACGCAAGGAUUGCUGCCUGUCGUGUUUGUCUUUAUCAUCUUUUUAAUGUACAUGUAUGUUUAAAAUAUGAACCCCCCCCCCAAAAAAAAAAAAACACAUCUUCUGGAAAAUGAUUAUAUAUAUAUUCUUCCCCUUUCAAAUAUUAGUCUACAUGGCACUAUAAGAAGUGGUAGCUUUCAAUUUCAUGUGUAUUUCAGCAUAUUUUUUAUAUUAUGAUUGUCAUAUUUAAUCUAUUAUUUCUGUUUUUUGUAAGAUAAUUUAUUUGCAACAGAUGUGUUAUUGGACGGUAAGAACCUUGGGAUAUGAAGGUUAUUUGUUUUUGACAGUACUAAAAAGUUAGUGAUAUGAUUUUGAAA